CAUACUUUCGCUAAUGCGGUCGAUCGCAUCGUCUUAGCCGACUGAACAAGGCAGUGCGAGUGUCCCCAAUCUACACGUCACUUCAGAUCGCUAGAAAGUCGAACAACCACGUCAAGGUUUCGUUUCGGAUUCGUUUGCGUUUCGUGUUGGAUUUUGUGCGGCAAGAUUGGCUUUGUUAUCCUUGCUGGGUGGGUAGGCGAGGUGUGAAAAUGAUGAGUGAUCAAGAGGAGACGGAAGCCUUUAGUGAGACGAGGUCGUAUAGACGUGGACGAGCGUCUGGAGAACGCGGUCGCUCGCGAGGACGAGGUGGAGGCAAGGUGACAGGCAAAUCACGAGCAAGCGAAUCGACCGGAAGUGAUCGUCAGUUGACUUGCUACUCAGCGGAAGACGGAACCGACUAUCGAAUUGGCGACUGUGUGUAUGUCGACAGUCAGAGAGCGGACGUGCCCUACUUUAUCUGCACAGUGAAAGAGUUUCGAGUGUCUAAGCGAUGUAACGUGCACGUAUCGGUUGGUUGGUUCUUCAGACCGUCUGAAGUACCCGAGUCUGUUUAUGAUCUUCUAGUGCAGGACAGAGGUGUAGAACGAGGUCCAGACAACGUAUUUGAAAACGUGACUGUGAUUCAGAGAGAGUUGUUCAUGUCUGACACUUGUGAAGUAUAUCCAGCGAAAUUGCUAAGGGGAAAAUGCUUUGUAAAAGAUGCUAAAACGAAUGUCGAGAACCUUGAGGAAUACACCAAACAGGAAGACACAUUCUUCUAUUUCUUUGCCUACAAUCCGGAGACGAGGAGAUUGAACAGCACUCAGGGAGAGAUCAGAAUUGGACCAAGUCAUCAGACGUCGCUUCCCCGCUGUAGAGACCAAAAGCUUGCCCUGGGAGAUGUGGAGCAUCCUCCUGACCAGCCACAGGUGUGGUCAACUGAGGAUAAGAUCAAGGAUGCUGAUGUGGAAGUGUAUUUGGACGCAUCUAAAAGUCUAACACACUACAGUGGGUGGUGUAAGACUAAUGGUGACUUAGAGGAGGCUUGUCAGAUCGCAAGCUCUGAUCUUGCACUACAAGUAGCUCAUGACAGGCUCCAUGAUAAUUUAUACAACCCUGGCACUGCUCUUGAAGAGAUUCUAAGACAACCUGUUUACCUUUCUGGAAGCAAGAGCUGGCCCCAUAGUGACGUGAAACUAUUUGUGAAGGGUCUCAGACAGUUCGGCAAGAACUUCUAUCGAAUCAAGAAGGUGCUCUUUCCACACAAGCAGACGGGAGAACUUGUUGAGUUCUAUUACCACUGGAAGAAGUCCUCAUCUGCUAUGAGUACACGGCCACACAAACGAUACCGGAGGCAGCCAGUGAUGCGUCGUACAAGAGUUGCGACUCGAGCUGCCAAAGCAAGUCAACCAAAUGAAUUUGUGUCCUUGAGCUCAGCUAGUGAGUCAGACUUUGAUAGUGAUGACAGUGGAGAAAGAGAAUUGAGUGGUUAUGCUUGCCACCACUGCUACACAAUGGCAUCUAAAGACUGGCAUCAUGCUGGAUUUGACAAAGUACUCUUGUGCACCGAUUGUCGGCUUUAUUUCAAACGAUAUGGUGAAAUGAGAAAAGUGAAAGUACCAAAGGUCCCACCUACUUGCCUUCUGAAGACUGGAGAUGAGUCGAAAUCGAGACGGAGAAAAGACCGUGAGAAUGGAUUUGAAGUAGAUGGCAGUGGUAAGAGGCACAGUAAUAACAACCGAAGAGUCACUCGCCUUCAAAAGAGAAAACUGAAUGGAGGGCUUGUAUCUGCUGUCACAAGGAAACGAGUUGGGAAACGGAAAUCACAACCAAGGGGAAAACGUAGAUGUAGAGUCAAAGCUGGAUCAUCAGCCUCUAGUGACACUGCUGAUUUAGGGGAUGUUGAGAGUGAAGAGGCCGGUAAUAGGACACCUCAGUCUGGCUUUGAAGAUGAGUCUGCAAGCAGUGGGGAGGCAGAGAACGGCAGCAGUUUGACGAGUGUGGCAGAUGACGAGGAAGACGCAGCCCUGCCGUCUAGAGGGAGACCUCGACGACCACGCCAGCAAGCACAUGAAGAUCACUCCAAGUUGCGAGCCGUCAGAAGAGAUUUCUUUCCCAGAGUAAACGGUAGAGAGCAAAACAACUCUGUUAACUCACAACCACGGGUUGAAGAUUGGACACAAUCUCCUGCCCUUUGGGCGAGCAAUCAAGUUCCACAAGUUGUGUAUCCAGGGCUACCUCCUGGCUUUACUAUAAAUCCUCAACACGACUUGUCGCUUGCGUUUCAGCCCUGUGUACCUGCUGGCUUAGGCCCAACACCAAGUCUAGAAGAAAUCAGUCGAAUGCAAAUGGCAGCUUGUCCAACACUAGAAAUGGGACUUACAGAAGAGCUAGUUCAUCACCAACAAUUAGCAGAUCUGCAAGCUUUGGGAAUUAUGUUACCACAUCAGUAUCACCUCAUCACUCAUCCGUUAGCUCAGACUGCUGGAUUUCACUCUCCUGAACGUAUUAGUACUGAUUUUUCAGCACUGAUGCAGCAGCAGGCUGCCUCUAGACGGGAUCCUGUUCAGGCUCACAACCAGAUGCUACUCGAGCAGGCACUGGCAGAACGAGCAGCAGCACAGUGGCAUGCGAACUCACUGCUUGCCAGACCCAACCCAGUGACCGAAUAUCUUGCCCACCAGCAGUUAGCAGCUGCUCAUUAUGAGUUAUAUGAACGAGUUCGUCAGGAAUUACUGUUGCAUGACAGACAUCGGGAGACAGCGGAAGCAAUGAUUUAUGGACUUACACCAAACUUACCAUCUCAUUCGUUUCCCCAUCAAUCGCAUGUUCGACCUAAUCCUGGCUAGAGAUGACUUACUGUGAGUAUAGCGAACAACAUAUUUCUGCAGAUUUGUAUUGAUGUCUAUUGACCGAUGUGAUUUAUGGCGUAUGAUUUUUGUCACUAGAAAAUCCCGGAUGAUUUAUAAUUACCAUAUUAUACAUUAUAAUGUAUCCUCAUUUGUUCCAAACAGCAAUUGUUGAAUAUAAAGAUGACUGUUUGUCUCAUGAAAUAAAUGUGCUUAUCAGAACGUACAACAAUGUAGCUACAAUGUUUAUGUCUUUGCUUCUAAUGCUUACUUCAGCCCAUACAUUGCCGACUAAAUGGCCCAUAAUUCACAACAUCAGAGCG